CUCGAAAUGCCAGCGAGUGCGAGACGGUCUCUCCAGAUUCGCGUGAUCCAUUCAAUUCGUACUUUCGAUGGACGCUGCUGCAGUUCCUUUAGUUUCUUGGAACAGUAGCUAGAUUGCCACUGUUAGCGAUGUGCAAUAGGCGUGUGUUCCCACUUCUUUCUUUAGUCGCGAUGUGAAAAAACGGCCGGUAGCUCCUAGCCGGCAACACAUGCAUACAUGUGCUCUCAGUUGAAUUAGUGCCGGCAAAUGCGGUCUCAUUGUGUCUUUUUUUCUGCGCCUCUAUGAGAUGACUGUAUAAGCUUUGCUUCUCCCAUUUACUUAUGCGGAGGUCACGGGAUGGUUGUGCUGUUGUACUCAAGCAAUGUGGUCGCCCACACGGCUGCAUUUCAUUCCCCGGUUCACCGCUGACCGCUCGAGUCACGCCAGCACCUUCCGUUUGUGGCACUGCAGGCAUGAUGUCACAAAAGCUAUGAGCCUGGGCAUCACUGUUACCAAAGCGGCAUGCCACACUCCUUCCAAAGUCAUCACUCAAGUCGAAGUUGGCACGCAGUGCAGCUUGCCUCUGGCUGACAAGUCUAACGGGUGCUCCUUGAAAGCAUGGAGCGUGUCAAGGAGCACGCAGACUGUGGAGGUUGUGGAUCAAUCAAGCUCCAGCUCAGAAUCAAGGUUUUCUAUUUCUUCGUCAACGGCCGAGGGUGACAACUCACAGCAGGGACGUUGCUACUGCUGUCAGCUCUGUGAUUACGAGACUGAUAAGCUGUUUCGUUUGAAAGCACACACCAGAGUCCAUACUGACGAUUGUCUGUUUAAAUGCCAUUUGUGCUCUCAGAACUUCUCAAGAAAAGACAACUUGAAGAGACAUCUGCGCACCCACACAGGCGAGAAGCCAUUUCAGUGCCCUUCAUGCCCUCAGCGCUUCUCGUGUAAGGCUAGCAUGAAGAACCACCUGCGUACCCAUGCAGGCAAGAUGACGUUUCAAUGCCCUUCAUGCCUUCAGAGGUUCUCACAAAAAUACAACAUGAAGAGACAUCUGCGCACUCACACAGGUGAGAAGCCAUUUCAGUGCAGUGUCUGUCCUCAGAGCUUCUCACAAAGAAGCAGCCUAAACAUACAUUUGCGCCUCCACAGUGGUGAACGGCCGUUUCACUGCCCUUCAUGCCCUCAGACAUUCUCACAAAGCUAUCACUUGAAGGUCCACCUACGCACCCACACAGGUGAGAAGCCAUUUCAGUGUCCUUCUUGCCAUCGGAGCUUCUCGCAUAAGUCCAGCAUGAAGAAACAUUUGAGCAUUCAUACAGGUGAGCGACCACACCACUGCACCCUCUGCUCCAAAACCUUUGCGCAAGCUCAUAACUUGAGGAAACAUAUAUAACACUGCACCCUAAUACCACAUAGUAGGCCAACAAUGGACCAACGUAAACAUACACCUGCUUACCAACAGGGGUGAGCUGUCGUUUCAGUGCCUUUCAUGCCCUCAGCAUUCUCAUAAAGGAAUCGCAUGAAGGUUCACCUGCACACCCACACAGAUGAGAAUGCACUUCAUUGUCAUUCAUACCAUCAGAGCUUCUCGCGUAAGUCCAGCAUGAAGAAACACCUGUGCAUUCACACAGGCAACUGUCCACGCUGCUGCACCCUUUGCUCCAAGGCAUUUUUGAAGUGUGAUUACUUCAGAAAACAUGCGAGAACAGAGUGCCCUGUUAUGACUGGAGUCCGGCGUCACGGAACUUGCUGACAGGCCCAGCAUACCAGCGGGAGCAUGCAUCAACCUUGCGAUGCGGUCAAAACCUUUAUAUAGACAACUCGAUGGCGCUUUCAUUGUGAAACUCGUCAGCUGAAACCUACAGGUUUGUGAAGUGGCUGUCAAGUGGCGAUAGUCCUCUAAAACCACAAUUGCUACAAGCACCCCAAGCUGUCUGUCAUAGGGAGCCGGCUAAUUACUACAAGGAGCCAACAUACAAUGUCUUCCACGAGUGUCGACCCCCUGCUUCCCGAGUGCCUCGCGAUUGCAUCGUAGGCGGAUCCGAUGUUUGCCUAUAAUGGGUGGAGUUUUGCGAGAAGAUGCGACAGUACAUGCAAAAGGCAGCACAAAGGUCAGUGCUAAUUGGUUGGGACAAUGUCAUCAUAUAUUCAUGUCUAGGGAAGACAGAUGGUAUUUAAGUGGAUAUUUUGUGUGUUUCGGGUGUGCUCAGACAUGUAGUGUGCUUCGAUUCAGUGAUGUAGACUGCUAAAACGUUGUGUGCUCCCUUAAUCAUUAAGCUGUGUGCCAGUUGUAAAUAUGUAAAAUAAACCUGUUCCUGUAUCAUCAA